CUAGAGUGGGAUUUCUAGUCUUUCGGAGCGCAGUAUAUUUUUGCUUGACUAUCUUUGGAUCUGUGUGCGUUUAACAGUAAUAAAUACAGAUUUUCUGAAUCGGUAAAUGUAGAUAUUUCAGACUGGAUCUUUACAUCUGUAUACCGUCUCCAAUUGGAAUAAAUAAUUGAGGAAUGUGGAAAUUACAGAAUGCCCAACAGCGUUGGAAAGAGAUUUAAACCCACCAAAUACAUCCCGGUAUCUACAGCUGCCACUUUUCUUGUGGGAUCCACCACCUUAUUCUUCGUUUUUACGUGCCCCUGGUUGACCAACACGAUCUCCCCCGCCGUGCCUCUCUACAAUGGCGUCGUCUUCCUAUUUGUGCUGGCCAACUUCAGCAUGGCUACCUUCAUGGACCCUGGAGUCUUCCCCAAAGCGGAUGAGGAUGAGGACAAGGACGAUGAUUUCCGGGCACCUCUCUACAAGAAUGUAGAGAUCAAAGGAAUUCAGGUCCGGAUGAAAUGGUGUGCCACCUGUCACUUCUACAGACCGCCCCGCUGCUCUCACUGCAGUGUGUGUGACAACUGUGUGGAGGACUUUGACCACCACUGCCCCUGGGUGAACAACUGUAUCGGGCGUAGGAACUACCGUUACUUCUUCCUGUUCCUGCUGUCGCUAAGCAUCCACAUGGUGGGCGUGUUCUCCUUCGGCCUGCUGUUCGUACUGCACCACAUGGAGCAACUGGGCACGUUGCACACCACCGUCACUCUAGUGGUGAUGUGUAUAGCAGGGCUCUUCUUCAUUCCAGUCAUGGGCCUGACAGGCUUCCAUAUGGUCCUUGUCGCCAGAGGUCGCACCACUAACGAACAGGUGACGGGCAAGUUCCGUGGAGGAGUAAAUCCCUUCACGCGGGGUUGCUGUGGCAACAUCAAGUAUGUCCUGUGUGCUCCCCUGGCGCCCAGGUACAAUGGUGUGGACCCCAGGAAGAAGCCCCCUGUCUCUAUCCAACCCCCAUUCAUCAGACCAGACCUCUCUGACAGACAGAUCAGCAUCAAGGUCAGCAACAACGGGAUCCACACCAGUAUCCUCCAGUCUAAAUCCAAGAUCAGUCUGGAUGGCCUGGCCGUGGAUGACAAAGGCCUAGACACCCAGCCUCCGCUACCUCCCAAAGCAGAACGCUACAACCAGCUGAAGAGCCAGCUGACGUCCAGCCAAGAUAGUUCCCUGUCCGGCAAGACCCAUCCCUCCACCCCGGCCAUGUACAAGUACCGGCCCUCGUUCGGCACCAUCCCUAAAGUCCAUUACCAUGCGGCAGGAGAGAAGAUUGUAAUGCCAGAUGACCACCGUAAGGCGUCAGCCAUCUUGGAGGAGGGCCGUUGCCAUGUCGACUACCGCUCAGAGCCCAACCUGGACCUGCCUGACUACCGCAACGCCCCUCUCCACCGCUCCUUCCAGUCCUCCCCACUGCAACUGGACUCCUAUCCCAUCAACUCCAGCUCCCUCAACCUGAAGCAGGUCCACCAGCGCAGGGACAAGGGCCAGCUGCCUGUCCUGCAGCCUGAGACAGUCACCUCCACCCCCUACAAGAGCGUCUUCUCCCCACUGUCCAACCGCAACAGCAGCCUCUCCUACGACAGCCUGCUCAACCCCAGCAUUUCCCCAGCCACCGCAGCCGAGUGCAUGGCCCACCCCGGCAUGCCCUCUAUGGGCUCGCACUCACCCUACCUGCCAACCAAAAUGUGCCACGUGCGGGGGCCUGAACCUCAGAUCCAGAAGCAGCAGGUCCCCCCCAGCUUCAGCCCGGUGUUGGGCUCCGGGGGGAUGGGGAUGAGCAGGGGCAGGGGCAGGCAGUCCCCGCAGAACAGGGACCUGUCCCCGGUGUUGGGCUCCAGGGGGAUGGGGAUGAGCAGGGGCAGGCAGUCCCCCCAGGACCGGGACCUGUCCCCGGUGCGCUACGACAACCUCUCCAAAACCAUCAUGGCCUCCAUCCAGGAGCGUAAGGAGAUGGAGGAGAGGGAGAAGCUGCAGCACCAUGGGGGGUGCUCCCAGGCUCAGUCCUAUGCCCAGGCUCAGGACUCAGGCAUGUUCGACAGCUCUGGAGGGUACGGCCUGCCUCCCACAUGCUACCCGGAUAGUCCCCGGGACCCCAGCUCCAGAGGUCCCACGCCUCCAGCCUACGGAGGCUCUCGGGACAACCUGAUGGGGGUGGUGAGCUACGGGCCUCGGACCCCCGUGUUGCGCUCCUCUGGUGGCUCCUCUCUGGCACGUGCCCCCAGGACUUCCUCCAGCUCCCUGCAUGCUGACAGCAGCAUGCAGGGAGGCAGGGUCCCUGCCCCCUGCCGCUCCCCACCCCACCAGCCCCACCACUCCCCUGCCAUGCCCCAAUCCCCCUCCUACACCCACAAGAAACUCUCCUUCAUCCACGCCCUGGAGAGAACAGACUCACCCCGCCUUGGUGGCCCAAGAGAGGCCAUGAUGCAAAGUAAAGUGAAUGGGCAAACAGACUGCCAUCUAGGACCCAACAGCUCCAGUGCCCAGGGCACCACUCUCAGCCCUAGCCGCCACAGUAAUGUCAAAAAGGUGACUGGGGUGGGUGGCACAACCUAUGAGAUAUCUGUGUGAAAGGGCUGGGGCCCGGGGCGCCAAACCUUGAGGGAAGAGGCAGCAUUCUCAUGGCAUCCACAUCCAAUGACAACAACAACUGUGCUACACAGAGAGGGUUCUCUUCUUCCUUUGACCUUUUUUUUAUUCGAUAUUGUCCAAUCAGGGGCACAUAGCAUUUCCUACUUGGGAAUUAUUGGCGGACCUCUGCUCUUUCCGUGCCUAGCCCUUGGUCUCUGUGUCUGUACUGGAGGAGUGCGCAGUGAUUAGUGUGUGUUUGAUGGGCUGAGGGCUGAUGUUCUUACUGAGUGUUUUGUUGAAUUUUGUGGCUUGUUGCGUUGGUCAUCAUUGGACAGUCUGAAUGUGAUCUUAAAUUUGGCGUUUACAGCAUCUCAGUUGCGGUCUAGGUGCUGUUCUGUAUGAUCACACUCACUAACCUCCCACCCAGGCCGCGAGAGGUUAAUACACUGACACCCUUACACAUACAGAUGAUGCCACAUGUCUUUGUUCAGUCACAUUCUCUGAAAUAGCCAUGGUAUGGGGAGCCACCUCUAACCCAAUAAGUCAUGCAUACAGCACCAAUCCAUUAGAUUCAAGCAUACAGCAUCACUCCAUUGGAUUCAAGCAUACAGCAUCACUCCAUUGGAUUCAAGCAUACAGCAUCAGUCCAUUGGAUUCAAGCAUACAGCAUCACUCCAUUGGAUUCAAGCAUACAGCAUCACUCCAUUGGAUUCAAGCAUUCAGCGUCAAUCCAUUGGAUUCAAGCAUACAGCGUCACUCCAUUGGAUUCAAGCAUAUAGCACCAAUCAAUUAGAUUCAAGCGUACAGCGUCAAUCCAUUGGAUUCAAGCGUUCAGCGUCAAUCCAUUGGAUUCAAGCGUACAGCGUCAAUCCAUUUGAUUCAAGCGUACAGCGUCAAUCCAUUUGAUUCAAGCGUACAGCGUCAAUCCAUUUGAUUCAAGCG